AUGGAAGUCGUUCUUGAGCCUGUCGUCUCCGAACUCUUUGAGGGGUUGUUUAAGAUAUUGGGGUCCAAUGAAGUGCGGGACUUUGCCCGGCAACUCGUUGGAGGGGUAGAUUCAAAGAUCAAAAAGCUGGAGAACAAGUUGCAGAUGGUUGAAAACCUUCUUCGCAAUGCAGAAGACAGGCAGCUGAUGGAUAAACGCGUCAAAGUGUGGCUUGACAAUCUUCAACACUGGGCUUAUGAUGCGGAGGAUUUAUUGGAUGAGUUUGCCUACAAAGCUUUGCGACACAAACUGAAGGCAGAACACCAGGCUUGCUCUAGCAAAGGAUUUAGCAGCCUCCCUGCUAGUUUCCCUAGUCCUUUCUUCGCUAUCUACAUGGGGUCCAAGAUCAAAGAAAUCAAUAGCUGA